UGGUGACCAUGUCGCCUCGUCUUGUGUUAGGGGGCUGUAUCAGAAUCGGCUGACUGUAUAGCUCUUUUGAUCUCAAAACUGCUUCAGGAACUUCUGUCAUGGCUGUCAAAUCUCCUACCCUGCCUACACUACCUCCUCCGAUUGAUCCAUCCUACCAGCCAAAGGGAUCGGUGACGAUCCUCCCUGCAACAGCAGCUAUAGGAGAUAUCCUUUCCGUGCUUGAACGCGACGGAGGGGUUAUCCUGAGGGAUUUCGUAUCGACCGACGAGCUCAGAUCUAUUGAAACAGAACUGCAACCGUGGAAACAGCUUAAGCGGAAAGACGCUGGCUCCAGCGAUGCAUUCGUUACAAUACCUCAAUCUACUGUGCUUAUCCCUGGCCUGGUGGGGAAGUCGCCCACUAUAGCAUCGAUAUGUGAGAACGAGACACUCGAGCUGUUGCGUGAAAGGAUUCUGAGAGACCAAUUCAUCAACAAACGGGAGGACUUCGAUGAAUACAAUAUCAUCAACCCUCUCCUGAGUCUCAGCAUAGCGAUGAACAUUCAAUACGGCGCUCCCAGACAACGCCUCCACCGUGACGACGGAAUCCAUGCCGUCAGACAUGGCAAGGGCGAGUUUCGUCUCGACAGAGCAAGUCAAUUUGGUUGUCUUAUUGCCGGGUGCGAUGUCACACGAGAAAAUGGUGCCACCAUGUUUGUCCCGGGAAGCCAUAAAUGGGGGGACGAAGCGUGUGCUACAAAAGAUGAAGUUUGCUUCGCAGAAAUGUCGGCUGGAUCGGCACUGAUCUUCCUCGCAUCCUGUUUUCAUGGCGGCGGCCACAACAGUGUACCAGGCUCACAGCGCACCAUGUACAGUCUAUUCUUCAUCCGCGGAACUCUUCGAACAGAAGAGAACCAAUUUCUGGCCAUUCCAAGAAGCAAGGCACUUCAGAUGAGUCCCAAAAUGCUGGAACUCCUCGGAUACGCAAAGCCUACAACCGCAUUGGGCGUUGUCGACAACAUUGACCCGGUAACAGAUUUGCAAGUCGUGUUAGACAGAGCAGCCGGGUAA